UGCUGGAGCUUCUUCAAGGUCCACCUGAUAGUGGUUUUACUUCCUCCUCCUGAUACUUCGUCGCGGUGUCCCUUAUCGAAAACGAGUUCCAGGUUGUGCAGCCCUCCACUCGUGUCCCAGCUGAACAACGGUUGAGUCAGUUCUUGAGUCAGUUUCUGCAACUUCUCUCCCCUGACGCCAGCUUUAUCAGGAUUCGCCCGCUACCAUGCUGUUCGCGCGACUUGAUGACUCCCCUAUGUUUCGCCGGCAGCUGCAGGCGUUGGAGGAGAGCGCGGAAAUGCUGCGGGAGCGGUGCAACAAGCUGCACAAGAGCUGCCGGAAGUACAGUGACAGCUUGGUGGAGGCGCGGGAUGCGGAGCUGGCGUUUGCGAGUGCCAUAGACGGGUUCGCCAGCAGCCAUGAGGACUCGCUCAGCGUGUCCAUCGGAGGGCCGGUGCUGUCGCCGUUCAUUGACGCGCUCAAGGAGCUCAGGUCGCACAAGGACGUCCUCAAAUCGCAGGUGGAGCACAUGCUGAUAGAUCGUCUGGCCAAGUUCAAGGACACGGACCUGCACAACCUCAAGGAGGUUCGGAAGCGCUUUGACAAGGCAAGCCAGCAGUACGACCAGAUGCGUGAGCGCUUUCUGUCGAUGAAGAAGGACACGCGCGCGGAGGUGAUGGGCGAGGCGGAGGAGGACUUCCAGACGGCGCGCAUGCACUAUGAGAAGGCCCGCUUCGCCCUCGUGUCAGCGCUGUCGAGCAUUGACUCGCGGAAGAAGUUUGAGUUCAUCGAGUCCAUCGCCUCCUCCAUGGAUGCGCACCUCAGGUUCUACAAACAGAGCUACGAAGUGCUGCAUGCCCUCGAGCCCUACAUUCAUCAGGUGCUGGUGUACGCGCAGCAGGCGCGGGAGCGCGGCAGUGAGGAGCAGGCGGUGCUGGGAGAGCGCAUGGGCGAGUACCAGCGCGACAAGGAGAUGGAGCUCGCCCGCGGGGAUGAGAGCGCGCAGGCCGCGGAGAGGAUCGGUGGGGGAGGGGGCGGGGGGGGGCCGUACCAGGCGCUGCUGGGGACGAGUGGCAGCAACUCGCAGCUCAAGGCCAUCGAGCAGCUCAUGGCGUCCACACCCAAGGGCAAGGUGCAAGUGAUCCGGCAGGGCUAUCUCUUGAAGCGCUCCUCCAACCUGCGGGCGGACUGGAAGCGGCGCUUCUUUGUGCUCGACUCGCGCGGCAUGCUCUACUACUACCGCAAGCAGCACACCAAGCCCUCCCAGGGCAUGUUUCAGCUGCAGGGUCUGCUGCACGCGCGCUCGUCCACGCCUGACUCCAACCCCAGCCCCGGCAUGCCGCCCCUCUCCAUCUUCUCCCGCAUGCUCGCCCGCGACCGAGACGCCCCCACCGGAGGGGGCAGCAACGGUGCAGGGGGGCAGGGGGGAGUGCGGUCGGCGAGCUUUGGCAGCCUCAUAGGGGACGCACCGUUGUCGCUGGAGAGUUUCCUUGGUUCGGGCGCUGCCGGGGGUUUCUCCCUGCGCCCCUCCCACUCCGCCUCCAACUCCAACUCCUCCACCCCCGCCUCCUCCCCACCCCGCGACUUCGGUGGCUAUGUCUCGUCUCUCCCCCCCUCCAUCUCCCAGGCAGGAGGGGGAGGGGACGAUGGAGGGGGGGGAGGGGGCGCGGGAGGGGGGGGGGGGUCGGUGUCGAACCACGUGCUGAACCUGCUGACAGCGACGAUCAAGAUGGAUGCGGAGCAGUCGGACCUGCGGUUCUGCUUCCGGAUCAUAUCGCCCGUGAAGACGUACACACUGCAGGCGGAGAAUGCAGCGGAGCGUAGCGAGUGGAUGGACACCAUCACCGCUGUCAUCGCCACCCUGCUCAACCAACAAAUCUCCAACCCGGCGCCCUCCUCCUCGCUCACCACCAGCGGCUCCUACCUGUCCAACGACCCCUCCGCCUCGUGGCAGCACGCACGGGUGUCGGACGGAGCGGCGGCGGACACGUCGUCGUCGAGCGCCACGGCAGCAGCGCACGUGGACCGGCCGCUGCAGCUGCUGACGCACGUGGCGGGCAACCGCUGCUGCGUGGACUGCGGGGCGCCCGACCCUGACUGGGCGUCGCUCAACCUGGGUGUGCUCAUGUGCAUCGAGUGCUCGGGCGUGCACCGGAACCUGGGCGUGCACGUCAGCAAGGUGCGGUCUUUGACUCUGGAUGUUCGGGUGUGGGAGGCGCCAGUGAUAGCGCUGUUCAAGGCGUUGGGGAACGAGUUUGCUAACACGGUGUGGGAGGAGAUCCUGCAGCGCCGCAGCACGUGUGCAAUAGAUGAGCAGAGCGAGAGUGCAGAGUUGGGCUCGGACGCACCGUGUGAGUCCACAGGCCAGCAGCAGCAAGGGCGUGCAUCAGGGCAACCGCAGGGCGCCCAUGGUACCCCAAAUUCCUCCUCUCUGUGUGCAGCAGAAGGAGGCAAGCCGUCUCCAGGCGAUCCCGUGGCAAUGAAGGAACGGUUUAUCCAGGCCAAGUAUGUAGAGCGCAGGUUUCUAGUGUCCGGCACGCAGCAGUACGGUGGCAGGGAGCAAGCAGAGGAGCAACUGUGGCAGUCGGUGUGGGAUGGGGACCUGCAGCAGGCAGCCAGAAUACUGUUCAAUGCAGGCCUUGAUGUCAACAUGACACGCAGAGAAGGGGGAGCAGCAAGUCAGAGUCAUGGAGGCCCAUCCAUCUGCUGCUACCUCCCCAGCAGCCACAAGCAACGCAACUCAUCCACUGCCUCACAUUCUUCUGCUGUCAACACCAUGAGAGGGCCCCAUAUGGACCAACGCAGGGACAGCACAAAUUCUGACUCCACGCUAGCCAGUUCUUCCACUAAUGCUCUGGCUCGUGGGGAGGCGGAGCAAGAGGAUGCUUCAUAUGGGUGUCGUUUGCUGCAUGUGGCAUGUUACCGAGGGGACACAGCAGCAGUGGAGCUGUUGCUGCAGCAGUCGGCUGAUGUGAAUGCAAAGGAUGCAAUGGGACGGACAUCUCUGCAUUGGUGCCUCUUGCUUGGCGUCUCUGUCUGCGCUAAGCAAUUAAUAGCCAGGGGGGCAACUGUCUCUCUGCGGGACUCGUAUGGGCAAACACCAUUGGAGGCGGUGAUGGAGCAAGGUGGAGCCAUUACUGAUAAUGAUCUGCUGCUUAUUUUGGCCCAAAGCCAAUAAGGGCUAGGUGUAGCGCACUGUGGGCCAGAGGCACCAGCUCUGCUGUUCAUGCAAUGCUCACAGGGUGCAAUCAGGUUCUCAUGAUGAGCUUCCA